ACUUCCAUUUCAAGAGAAAAAGAAAAUUCCAACAAAAAGGAAAGGAAUGGAAAAAUAGAAAAACUUCUUGUUUAGUGAAAAUCCAAGAAGUACUUAUUUAGAUCAUCUCCCUAUAUAUUUAUAUAUACUUCAUAAAAAAUAUUCCGACGAUGGAAAUUGAGGUGGCGGGAGGUGGCGCGGCCGCUUCUAGAGGUGGAUCUGGUGGAAGCGAUGUGGAAAUGGGGCGGAGACGGGGAGGCAAUGAGGCGUGUUUGGUAUGGCGGGAUUUGACGGUGAUGUUGCCGAAUUUUGGGCAAGGGCCGGUGAAGAAGUUGCUUAAUGGGCUAAAUGGCUACGCCGAACCGGGUCGGACCAUGGCCAUUAUGGGGCCAUCCGGAUCAGGGAAAUCCACCCUUCUUGACUCAUUAGCAGGAUUCAUAAAUAAAAGCAUACACAUGACCAACGGGUUGCAGCGCAAUUGGCAGUGCGGAGCUGUGAUGAUCUUAAGGUCACGGGUUCAAACCCCGCCACCCGCGGGGAGACUUUCGGCCUUAAUCCGCAAGCCCGGUCAAGCAGGAUUAGUCGAACUCCGCCGGAUUAGUCGGAUUCUGCAAAAAGGCGAAUUCGGUAGAUUAUCGAGGAAUGUUGUGAUGAUGGGAGAUAUACUGCUCAACGGCAAGAAGCGGCGGCACGGAUACGGCGUCGUUGCGUACGUGACGCAAGAAGACGUGCUAAUGGGGACUCUAACAGUGAGGGAAACCAUAACAUACUCUGCAAAUCUAAGGCUUCCAAGCUCCAUGUCCAAGGAGGACAUCAACGACAUCAUAGAAGCAACGAUCAUGGAAGUCGGGCUGCUCGAAUGCGCCGACCGCCAGGUCGGAAACUGGCAAAUGAGAGGCAUCAGCGGCGGGGAGAAGAAGAGGCUCAGCAUUGCCCUCGAGAUCCUCGUCCGCCCCCGUCUCUUGUUUCUGGACGAGCCUACCACCGGCCUCGACAGCGCCGCCUCUUUCUUCGUCAUUCAAUCCAUCAAGAAUCUCGCCCGAGACGGGAGAACUGUCAUCUCCUCCAUUCAUCAGCCUAGCAGCGAAGUGUUUGCCCUCUUUGAUGAUCUCUUUCUGCUCUCUGGUGGUGAAACCGUUUACUGCGGUGAAGCCAAGAUGGCCAUCAAGUUUUUUGCUGAAGCAGGAUUCCCCUGUCCAAGUCGGAGGAAUCCCUCCGAUCACUUCCUCCGCUGCAUCAACUCGGAUUUCGACGUCGUCACAGCCACGUUGAGAGGUUCACAAAGGCACCGUGAAACACACAUGCCAUCAGAUCCUCUGAUGAAUCUUGCAACUGCUGAUAUCAAAUCAGUACUAAUUGAAAAAUAUAAGAAGUCGGAGUAUGCUAGGAAGACGACAUCGAAGGCUCGAGAGAUGUCAAACUUUGAAUUGCAGGAAGGAGUGGAGAUCGAAGCGAUUAAGGGAAGCCAUGCGAGCUGGUGGAAGCAACUCGUGACAUUGACACGAAGAUCGUUCGUGAAUAUGUGUAGAGAUGUUGGGUACUAUUGGUCGCGAAUAGUGAUAUACACCAUUGUCUCUGUUUGCGUUGGAACUUUGUUCUACGAUGUGGGGACGAGUUAUACUGCAAUCUUCGCAAGGGGGGCUUGUGGGGGCUUCGUCACGGGCUUCAUGACUUUUAUGUCCAUCGGAGGCUUCCCAUCCUUCAUCGAGGAGAUGAAGAUCUUCACUCGAGAGAGGAUCAACGGGUAUUAUGGCGUGGCGGUGUUUAUACUAUCGAAUUUCUUGGCUUCCUUCCCCUUCUUGGUUGCAGUGUCGAUUAUCACUGGGACGAUAACGUUUUACAUGGCGUUUCAUGCAGAAUUCUCUCGCUACGUCUUCUUCUGCCUCAAUAUCUUUGGAAGCAUUGCUAUGGUUGAGAGUGUGAUGAUGAUUGUAGCUUCUUUGGUUCCCAACUUCUUAAUGGGGAUCAUUUCUGGGGCUGGAGUUCUGGGGAUCAUGAUGAUGACAGCCGGUUUCUUUCGGCGCUUGCCAGACCUUCCCAAACCAAUUUGGCGCUAUCCGAUAUCGUAUAUUGGGUACGGUGCAUGGGCACUUCAGGGAUCAUACAAGAAUGACAUGAUUGGACUAGUAUUUGAUCCUCUAAUACCAGGAGAUCCAAAAAUAUCAGGGGAAGAUGUGAUAACAAAAAUGUUUGGUGUAUCACUACAUCGUUCAAAGUGGUGGGAUUUGGUGGCUCUAUACAGCCUCAUACUAUGCUAUCGAGUCCUCUUCUUCAUCGUGCUCAAGGAGAAGGAGAGAACGGCCGAAUACUUCCAGUCCAUCUACGCGAAGAGGGCAUUGCAUCGUUUCAAGAAGAGGCCGUCGUUCAAGAGAAGAGCCUCGUCCAAGAGCCACCUCCACUCUUUGUCUUCUCAAGAAGGCCUCAACUCUCCUCUUCCUUAGCCCUCAACUUGUAUCAGCUAGUUUUAUCUAUAUUCAGCUUGUUUUUGUAUCAAUGAAUAACCACUGAAGGGUGAUUUUAAUAUAAUCAAUAUAAACUUGUUUGAUUUUCAAA